AUGGAGAGGGGCCUACAUUGGAGCACCAGUGGAGGGUUUCUGGACUUGGAUCCAACCACCCCAGCCUGGGAGACGGAACUCACACCAAUGAAUCGAAGUGACCAGGACCUUCCUCAAACUUUAAGUGCGGUGACCCUGACCCUGGUCUUGCCGAUGAUCAUCAUUGCCUUGGAAGGACUGGCAGGAAACGCAGUUGUGCUGUGGCUCCUGGGCUUCCACCUGCACAGGAAUGCCUUCUCCAUCUACAUCCUCAACCUGGGGGGAGCCGACUUCGUCUUCCUCUGCUGCCACGUUAUAGGUUCCCUGGAGAAGCUCAUCACCUCCUGCCACUCCAGCUCCAGCCCCAUCCCCAGUUUUUUCACCACUGUGCUGACCUUUGCCUACCUCACGGGCCUGAGCUUUCUCAGCGCCAUUAGCACCGAGCAUUGCCUGUCUGACCUGUGUCCCAUCUGGUACCGCUGCCACCGCCCCAAACACUUAUCAGCUAUCAUGUGUGCCCUGCUCUGGGCCCUGCUGCUGAGCACCCUGGAAGGGAAGUACUGUGGCUUCCUGUUAAUGGACUUUAACCACAUUUAGUGUCGGGUGUUUGGUUUCAUCACUGCUGGGUGGCUGACAUUCUUGUCUGUGCUCCUGGCUGGGCACAGCCUUGCCCAGCUGGUCAGGAUCCCCUGUAGGUCCCAGCAGAUGCAGCUGACCAGGCUGUGUGUGGCCACUGUGCCCACAGUUCUGGUCUUUCUCCUCUGUGGCCUGCCCUCCGGCAUCCACUGGUUCUUCUUAAUCUGGAUUCAGGAUGAUUUGUUUGCGUUCCCCUGUCAUCACUGGCUGGUGGCCUUGGGCCUGUCCAGCUGCACCAGCGUCAUCAUUUACUACUUUGUUGGCUCCUUUAGGCAGAGGCAGCCAAAGAGGCGAGGACGGCAGAUCAAGGUGGCUCUCCAGAAGGCUCUGGAGGACCUAUCAGAAGUGGAUGGAAGCAAAGGCACCCUUCCUCAGGAAACCCUGAAGGCAUCAGGAAGCAGUCUGGUGAUAUGGCGCUCAUAUUUUGGUGGCCUGCCUGCUGGCAUCCACUCAUUCCUUGGAUGGGGGGUUCAAACUGGUUACAAUUCCUUCUUUUGUUUCCUUCAUUGCACUGUGUUUAUCCUGCUCGGUGUUAAUGGCUGUGCCAAUCUCAUCAUUCACUUCUUCACUGGCUUCUUUAGGCAGUGGCAGAGAUGGCAAACCCUCAAAUUGGUUCCCCAAAGGGCUCUGCAGGAUAUUUCUGAGGUGGAUGGACACGGAGGAAGCCUUCCCCAGGAAACCCUGGAGAUGUCCAGAGGCAGUCUAGGGCGGUGCUGA